GAUUGGGAGAGAGAACAAGUUUUACCACUCCUCUGCCUUUGAGUCUUUCAUCAUAACUCAGGGCCAGGCGAGCUGGUUUUGCAAUGCACUGAGCCCUAGUCAAUCGGGCGGCUCUAGCGAGAGCGCCUCAUGCCAAGGGGCAGCCUGCUCCCGGUGGUGCCCAGAUGCCCAGGGCCUGUGGCUAGGCGACUGAGCAGACAGACAGGCAGCUGCAGCUGGACCAAAGCGGAGGGGCUGGGAGCAGCAGGAUGGCUUCCACAGGGAGUAUGGAGCCGAGGUUUCCUGGCCCCAAGGCAGCUCUCCCCUUUAAGCUCCUGCUCCUCCUCCUGCUCUGGGCUUCCCUUCCUCUUGAGGUGCCGGGGAAAGAAGUGAAUCUUUUGAACACGAAUGUUGCCCAAAACGAGCUAGGCUGGUUACCAGAUCCUCCAGAAUCUGGGUGGAGCGAGGUUCAACAGAUGAUCAACAACACUCCUGUGUACAUGUACCAGGACUGCAAUGUCUUCUCCGAGGGAGAUACUGACAACUGGCUUCGCACCAACUGGAUAUUCCGAGGGGAGGCCUCUUCUAACAUCUUUGUGGAGCUGAAGUUUACCAUUCGGGACUGCAAGAGUUUCAAAGGGGAGGCAGUGAGCUGUAAGGAGACCUUCAACCUCUACUACAUGGAGUCAGAUCAAGAUGUUGGCAUCCAGUUUCGACGCCCUCUCUUCACCAAGAUCAACACCGUGGCAGGUGAUCGUAGUUUCACAACCCGGGAUGUUGAGUUGGGUGCCUUGCAGCUUAACAUGGAAGUGUGCUCCAUAGGAAAGCUACAGCAACGUGGCUUCUAUCUGGCUUUUCAGAACUCUGGGGCUUGUGUGGCACUGGUUGGCGUGAGAGUUUACUACAAGACCUGCUCAGAAACUGUGCGUCGACUGGCACACUUCCCAGAGACACUUGCCAGCUUUGAGGGGCUGUCGGAAGUGCCUGGUACCUGUCUGAAGAAUGCAGCUGAAAAAGCAGGCUUUCCGCCCAAGAUGCAUUGCAGUUCCAAUGGAGAGUGGUUGGUCCCAGUGGGACAGUGUUUGUGCAUCACUGGCUUUGAAGAAGUUGACGGAGAAUGUGUAGCCUGUCAGCCAGGUUUCUACCGCCACACCCUGGAAGCUGAGCAGUGCUUCAAAUGCCCCCCAAACAGCUCCUCCAGUUCUCCUGGGGCCACAAGCUGUCCCUGCCUCAAAGGCUUCUUUCGGACACCCACUGAAGACCAAACGGUUGCCUGUUCCCGCCCUCCUUCUGCACCCCAGAAUGUCACCUUCUCCCUUGUGGGGAGCCAGGUCUCCCUCUCGUGGCAGCCACCCAUCGAUCAGGGUGGGCGCAAGGAUCUCUCCUACAACGUCUUCUGCCAGCGCUGCAAUUUCCUCGUGUGUGAAGCCUGUGAGAGUGGCGUAACUUUUUCUCCCAGUGCAUUCAGCCUCACUCGGCCCAGUGUGGUUGUAGAUGGGCUGGAGGCUUACACCAAUUAUAGCUUCACCGUGCAGGCUCAUAACGGUGUGUCCGCGCUGAGCCCUGCUUUACGCAAGAGCACCAGCUCUCCUGUCUGGGUGGCUGUGGGUCCCGCAGCCCCAAUCAUGGUGACUAAUCUCAUCCUGGAUCGGCAGAACGAAAGCAGCCUAUCUGUGAGUUGGCUACCACCGCGGCACCGCAGCCACAUCCCUAUCACCUACGAGGUCAUGUACUUUGAGAAGGGGGAAGAGAAACACUACACAGUCCAGCAUCUUCAGGAGCCCAAAGUGACGCUGGCCAAUCUGCAGCCCGACACGGCCUACCUGCUGCGUGUCCGCUCCAUCACGCCAGUAGGGGACGGGCAGUUUUCCCAGGAGCAGGAAUUCCGCACUCUUCCACAAGAUACUGGGAUGCUCUCGGGAGGAGUGAUUGUUGCCAUCAUCUUUGGAAUCCUGGUGUCUGUUAGUGUGGUUCUAGGAGUCUUCAUUUGUCGGCGAAGGCAAGCUCACCGUCGUGCACGGCCAUGCCAGAAAUACUCCAGCUACAACCGAGAUGAGAUCUGGUUGAAGCCUUAUGUAGACCUCCAGCCCUAUGAGGAUCCCAGCAAGGGAGUCUUAGAAUUCACCAAGGAACUGGACCCAUCUGUUGUCAACAUUGAGACUGUUAUUGGUGAAGGAGAGUUUGGCGAGGUCUACCGGGGGACCCUACGCUUCCCAGGAAAAGAACGGAUUGUUGUAGCCAUCAAGACAUUGAAGUCAACUUACUCGGAUUCAACCUGGUGGAACUUCCUGCGUGAGGCAACCAUCAUGGGCCAGUUCAAUCACCCCAAUAUUGUCCGCUUGGAAGGCGUGGUCACAAAACGAAAUCCAAUGAUGAUUAUCACAGAAUACAUGGAGAAUGGUGCCCUGGACACUUUCUUACGGGAGAACAUGGACAAGUUCAGCGCAGUACAGUUAGUGACCAUGCUACAGGGUAUCGCCUCCGGGAUGACCUACCUCUCUGACCGCAACUAUGUACACCGGGAUUUAGCUGCCCGUAACAUUCUGGUAUCUCACAGCCUUCAGUGCAAAGUGUCCGAUUUUGGUCUUUCACGAAUAUUGGAAAAUGAUGUAGAAGGAACAUACGAAACAAAGGGCGGCAAGAUCCCCAUCCGAUGGACAGCCCCCGAGGCCAUCGCCCAGCGUAUCUUCACCUCUGCCAGUGAUGUCUGGAGUUUUGGCAUUGUCAUGUGGGAAGUGUUGUCAUACGGUGACAAGCCUUAUGGGGAUAUGACCAAUCAGGAGGUGAUGAAAAGCAUAGAGGAUGGAUACCGUCUCCCCCCACCUGUAGACUGCCCUUCUGUCCUUUAUGACCUCAUGAAAGUGUGUUGGUCUUACGAUCGGGCACGCAGGCCCCGCUUCAGAGAAAUCCAUGCUCAGCUGGAGCACUUUAUUUGCAACCCACCUUUACUUCGAACUGUGGCUGACUUUGAUCCUAGGGUGACCCUCCGUCCCCCCAGCUGCAGUGGGUCCGAUGGGAUUCCUUAUCGGUCUAUCCCAGAGUGGUUGGAAUCUAUCCGCAUGAAACGCUACAUCAUCAACUUCCGCACUGCUGGCCUGAACACCAUGGAAUCCAUCCUGGAGCUUUCUGCUGAGGACUUGAAACAAAUGGGAGUAACUCUUCCUGGACAUCAGAAGCGUAUUCUGUGCAGCAUCCAAGGCUUCAAGGAGUGAUAGGUCUCACACGAUGAAGCCCGUGCUAGGCUCAACCCUUGUGGGGCAGGACUUGGCACUGUGCCCUGCAGCACAACGAGAGGAGAAGAGGAACCGAUGGAACCAACUUUGCACCAACUUCUGCAGGGGUCCAUCUGGUUAGAAGUGCUGUCAGCCUGAAGCUGUGCCAAAAACAAAUGCAAAAACAAAUCACCAAAGAACUCGGCGGCAGACAUUGCAGCCUGUGCAAAUGGAACCAUUCCCUACAUCUGACAGUGCGCCUGCUGGGAUCGGGACCGCCUGGGACAAGCAGCAGCAAUCCAAGAGGCUCCCUUGUCUUGACUGCAAAAUUGGCAGGUGCUUGAAAAGCAGAGUCUGAUCCGUGCCAUGCUGUCUACCCAUGACUGUUCUUUCAUUCCCGCGCUCCUUCUCUCGCAGAUGAGCCUCUUUCCAUUUCCGUCCAUAGCUUCUAAAUUUAUACUAUUAUAUUGCUUUCUUGAGCAAAGAGUUUAGCUAUUCUGCCAGUAAAAGCCAUAAGGAUGCUCCCACCCUCCCACCCCACUCGUUGCAAAACCAAGAUUUAUCUGGAGGAAUAGGAGGAGAGUCUUCCAUUUUGUUUGCACAGUUCUUUGUGGGUGGGGCAAGGGAGGUGGAGAGAACAUCCACUUUCGGUCCUGGCUCAUUAGGCCAUGCCUCUUUUUAUUACACAUAAUUUCCACUGGUUUAUUCCUUUGUUUGUAUGCUUUGUCUCCUACUCCAUGGGGCGGAAAGCGAUUGUUUACAGCAGGGCAUCACUUGCACCCGGGAGCUUUGCUUCCUCAUGGUGAGGACCUGCCUUAUGUAUUUAACAUGAGAGGAAGAGGGCAGGGGAGGCAAAGUCCCAGGCCUGUAAAUUCCCAUGUGUUGUAUGUAUGAUUUUGUAAAUAAAUUCAUGGUACAGA